UAUUGAAUAAGAAAAUAUUUCAGAUAGAAACGUUCAUCUAGGAAAAAUUGAACGUUUUUGGGUGGCUAAUCUGAUUUAAAAUACCACUAUAAUAUUUGUACUAACAAAAAAAGACGAACUUUCCAACACCCUCUACUUCCUUGAAAGGUUCGAGCUCUGUUCGUGCUAUCGGAUAUCUUGGGCUUGACUUGUGAAAGUCAAAAAUUAGCAUUUAAAAUUUGUGAGAUGUCAGCGAUAGAUGAUGUUUUAGAAAGUUGGGAAGAUAUAGAUGAUCCAGGGGUUCUUGAAAAAAAAUUGGAUGUCCUUCAACUGGAUACUGUAGAAGCAUUAGAAGAAAUAGAAGCUCCUAAUUUCAAGACUACUACUAAUGAUAAUACCAAUAGUACAAGAAUGAUCAUUUUGGGUGAAGAUGGAGUGAGAUCUCAGUAUGUACCGCCAAAGCCUACAGUUAAGAUAUUGAAAAGACCAACAAGAGAUUCUCAGGGUAGCGGCGAUGGUCCUAUGUUAAAUGAAGAGAAACCGAAACAACCAAUAAAAUCACUGAAACAGAGAGAACAAGAGUAUGCAGAGGCGAGAAGAAGAAUAUUAGGAGAAGAAAAAAGUCCAGAAGAAAAAUUAAUUCAAGAAAUAAAUAAAAUUCAACCAAAGUUUUCGAUACCGGGUGGAAGUAGUUCUCUUCCUAAUAAUGUCACUCGUAUGCCUAUCGGUCCAGAUGGAACUCAGGGAUUUAAUGUACGCAGGUAGCAUGUCUUCCAGGGAUCAGCCCUUAUCACCUAUCUUUUUACUCUCCUUCCUUCUUCUUGGCAUGGGAAAGAGAGGCGGCUAUGAGGCCGACAGCAGAGAACAGCUUUGUGUUCCUGACCAACUGCAAGAAUUUAACUCUAUUGGUCUUAAGCGUAACACAUCGAGAGCUGUGCCCUGCAGGUCAUUACAUAGAGAUCGCGCACGUCGAUCCCCAAGAUUAUAUUCUAUCGGUGAAGAUGCGUAACUGUAACAGUGAUAAUAUUCAUUGCCGAAAAUUAAUAUUAUGAUUUGUUAAUGUUUGCUAUAUUUUAAAGAAUCCUAUUUGGAAAGAAAUAAGAAAAAAGAAACGGGAUUCAAAGAAAAGAUUUUAAAAAAGACCCCAAAAAAAAAAGAGAGAGAUUAUAAAAAUUGAAAUUAAAUGAAUAAUUCUGACAUAUAUGCUAGACGGAAAUAAAAAAAGAACAGAUAAAAACGAAGUUUAACAUGCUAUCAAAUUAUAUUUUACUCUCCAGCCUUGUAAUAAUUCUUAAAUAUUAUAAUUGACCUAUAAUAGUAACAGAGAGUUACCUACACGUUAUUUUCGUAGUUAUUUCUGUAGAUAGCUGUACGUAGGUGUAAAAUAAACAUUCUUAUGUUGACGACGAACUAAUAUUAUCUUAAAUAUUGUUUAUAUAACUAUCGAAUUGUAAUCGUAAAUUGUUUAUAUAUAAAAUAAUUCAACGAGA